CUAGUCAACUCCAAGUCUUUCUUAUGCUUGGAGGAAGUUUCUUGUAAUAGAAAAUAUCCCAUAAUUUUAGUAUAUAUAAUAUAAUAAUAUGAGGUCGGGAAGAACUGCUCACAAUAUACUACAUACAUUCCUAAAAAAAUGAAGCUGGGUUUGAUAAUUAGUUUCCUUUUAUAUUUUGUGACAUUGAUGUUAAUGCUAACUCAAGGAUGUAACGGUUGCUUAGAGAAAGAGAGAAUAGGGUUGUUGGAGAUCAAGCACUACAUCUUGUCACAACAAGACGAAGGAGAUUCUUAUAAUGACAAAGAAUUGGGUUCAUGGGUUGAUGAUAGAGAUAGCAAUUGUUGUGUUUGGGAUAGAGUCGAGUGCUCUUCUGGUCACAUAACUGAAUUAUUCUUUGAUCGGUUACUAUUUUGGACCUCUGAUCCUAAGAUGUUAAAUGUUUCACUGUUCUGUCCAUUUAAAGAGCUACGCCUCCUCGACUUGUCCGACAACGAUAUUCAAGGCUGGAUUGGCAACGAAGAUUUUCCAAGACUUACAAAGUUGGAGACAUUAGGCCUUUCAAGCAACAAUCUAAAUAGUAGCAUCUUGUCAAGUUUGAAUGGAUUAACGGCUCUAACAACUUUGUACCUCGAUUUUAACAACAUAGAUAAUAACUUCUUCCCUCAAGGGUUUCCUAGACUUAAAAGAUUGGAGUCAUUAGAUCUUUCAGGGAACGAUUAUCUAAAUAGUAGCAUUUUGCCAAGUUUAAAUGGAUUGACUGCUCUAACAACUUUAAACUUGGGUUUUAAUUCGAUGAAAAACUUCUAUGUUCAAGGAUUUUCGAGAUCAAAGGAGUUGGAGGUCUUAGACCUUUCCUAUAAUGAGCUAAACUGCAAUAUCAUAACAAGUUUGCAUGGUUUCAUAUCAUUAAGGAGUUUGAUUCUAAAUGAUAACGAGUUCAAUUGUUCUCUCUCCACUUUAGAUUUUGCCAAAUUUAGUCAGCUAGAACUAUUGGACUUGGGUGGUAAUCAAUUUAUUGGUUCACUACAUGUUGAAGAUGUUCAACAUUUGAAAAACUUGAAAAUGUUAAGGUUAAGCGAUAAUCAAAUGAAGGGCUCAAUUGAAGGACUAUGCAAUUUGAAGGAUUUGGAAGAACUGGAUAUCAGCAAAAACAUGUUUGGGGCUAAACUUCCUGAGUGUUUAAGUAACUUAACAAACCUCAGAAUUCUUGACCUUAGCCAUAAUCUGUUCGGUGGAAAUUUUCCAUCCUUCACUACCAAUCUCACAUCCUUGACAUUCUUAUCACUCUAUGAAAAUUACAUGCAAGGAUCAUUUUCACUUAUCAAUUUGGCUAAUCACUCCAAUCUUCAGCAUCUAUAUAUUUCAUCUAAAAACAGUAUUGGAGUACACAUUGAAACUGAAAAAACAAAGUGGUUUCCUAAAUUUCAAUUGAAGUCCCUCAUUCUUAGAAAUUGCAACCUAAACAUGAAGAAAGGAAGUGUCAUUCCUACUUUUCUUUCUUAUCAAUAUAAUUUGAUAGUGAUGGACCUCUCUAGCAACAAUAUUGGCUCACUCCCAAGUUGGUUGAUAAAUAAUGUUGGCAUACAAUAUUUGGAUCUAUCAAACAACAAUUUUAGUGGUUUGCUUCCAGAAGAUAUUGGUAUAUUCCUUCCUAGUGUUACCUAUAUGAAUUUUUCAUCAAAUAACUUUGAAGGAAAUAUACCUUCAUCAAUUUGUAAGAUGAAAAAACUUAAGUACUUGGACCUCUCUCAGAAUCAUUUCUCAGGUGAGUUACCUAAACAACUGGCCGCAGAUUGCAAUAAUUUACAAUACUUGAUUCUCUCCAACAACUCUCUAUGUGGGAAUAUUCCUAAAUUUGUGAAUAUGGUAGUUUUAUUUCUCAAUAAUAACAACUUUAGUGGAACACUUGAUGAUGUAUUGGGAAAGGGAAAUAAUAGAAGAUUAAUAUUGCUAUCCAUAUCCAAUAACUCAAUCACAGGCAAAAUUCCUAGUUCAAUUGGGAUGUUUUCUCACAUGCAGUUCCUUUUUAUGGGUCAAAAUCAAUUAGAAGGUCAGAUCCCUAUUGAGAUUUCCAACAUGCCAUGGCUUCAUAUUUUGGAUCUUUCUCAAAACAAGUUAAUUGGAGCAAUCCCAAAGUUGAGUAGUUUUAAAUAUCUAAGGUUCUUGUAUUUGCAACAGAAUGAUCUCUCUGGAUCAAAGCCAUCUGAACUCUCUGAAGGCUCAAAACUACAACUUCUAGAUUUGAGGGAGAACAAACUUUCAGGUAAAAUUCCCAAUUGGAUGGAUAAGCUCUCAGAGUUAAGGGUUCUUCUAUUAGGAGGGAACAAUUUUGAAGGAGAAAUUCCAAUUCAAUUGUGUCAUCUAAAAAAUAUCACCAUAAUGGACUUAUCACGGAACAUGCUCAAUGCUUCAAUACCAUCUUGCUUCCAAAAUAUGUCAUUUGGAAUGAGACAACAUGUUCAUAAUGAUGAUGAUGACGGUUCUAUUUUUGAAUUCUCAAUGUACAAAGCUCCAACAGCUAUUUCCUUCAAUGCUAGUUUGUUGAUUCGACAUCCAUGGAUUGGAAAUUCGUUGAAAAAUCUACAAUUUGAAGUGGAGUUUAGAACAAAGCACAAUGAAUACUUUUACAAGGGUAAAGUUCUAGAGAUUAUGACUGGAUUGGAUUUAUCAUGCAAUAAUUUAACAGGUGUUAUCCCUUCCCAAAUUGGAGACCUACAACAAAUUAGAGCCUUGAAUCUAUCACAUAAUCACUUGUCAGGUCCCAUUCCAAUCACUUUUUCAAAUCUUACCCAAAUAGAGAGUCUUGACUUAUCAUACAAUAACUUGAGUGGUAAGAUACCAAAUGAACUAACCCAGUUGAACUUUUUAGAAAUCUUCAAUGUGUCAUACAACAACCUCUCUGGAACACCACCUAGUACAGGACAAUUUGGAGGCUUUGUUGAGGAAAACUACAUAGGUAAUCCUGGUCUUUGUGGACCAUUCCUCAAUCGAAAGUGUGAACAUGUCGAGUCUUCAGCAUCAUCACAAUCCAAUGACGACGGAGAAAAGGAAACCAUGGUGGACAUGAUAACUUUUUAUUGGAGUUUCACAGCAUCUUACAUAACAAUAUUGUUAGCCUUCAUAACAGUGUUGUGCAUCAAUCCACGUUGGCGUAUGGCCUGGUUUUAUUACAUCAGAAAUGACAAGCAAGGACCAAAAGAAGGAAGCUCCUGAACCAAGGUCCGUUCGCUUAAGCGAACUCCUGUUCGCUUAAGCGAACCAAUUACAGAGAGCAACCGUUCUGUUCGCUUACAAGCACGCUUCCAGUUCGCUCAUGAAGAAAGGUCAGUUCGCUUAAGCGACCUAUGGUUCGCUUAAGCGACCAAGUUCCAGUGAGCUCCAGGAAAGUUCUCUCACAUGUUCGCUUGUGAGUCGCUUAAGCGAAGUUCAUCCAACUUCAGAAGAUAAGGACCACGUGGCAGCACCUCAAUGGUCAACUGGAGAUUUCCUGGAUGUUCGCUUAAGCGAACUCUUCUUUGCUUAAGCGAACUGGCACGCAGUCAGCCCAUAUAAAUAGAUUUCUCUUCUCUUUCCAAAAGGGGAUAUAUUACAUUUUUAUUCAUAUUUUUCUGUUUUUAGAGAGAGACUAGGGCUUUUCUAGAGAGAGAAACACAAAGCAAGGUAGUUAGGAGUA